UUUGCGUGCAUUUCCUGUCCUGACGUUGGAGGUGUCCUGAGCGCGGGGAGUUGAGGGUGCAGUUCCCGUCCUGACAGUGGAAGUGUCUUCUGAGCAGAGUCUGCACCGGAAGCGACCUCCACAGGUCUGCAGUCAGACUCUUGGAGACACAUUUAGUCAAACGCAACUACAGUCUGUGCUUGCGCCAGCUAGGCGCUUCAUCUUUGCUACCAUCAUAAAAUCCGGUUUCCGGUUCCUUCAGUAAACCUACGGCAGCAACGGCGCUCACACAGAACUGUCUCCAGUCAGGCUGAAAACUACUCAUCAUGGAGACAACAGUUGAUAAGCUUGAGGCGAUGCUGAAUGUCUUUGCAGUUUCUGAAGUCAGAGGCUGACCUGGAAUACAUUGAGAAACGGCUGAAGCUGGACUUCAUCAACAGAACUGCAGAAAAUGGAUGUUCUGCUGAGGAGAACCCGGCAUUGAUGCUGGAGAACCUGAGGGCCCUCAAGGCCAAACACACAGCGUUGUGCUCUGACGUGAAGGAGAUCACAGCUGCACAGAAAGAAUCCAUGGACUCCAUCAAAAACAAUCUUGGCAAUGUCAUGAAGCUGAUCCAACAUUUACAACAGACCACUGAUGUGAAGGUUGAGCCACUGACGAAGUCAGAGCAAGAGGCGGCAGAGAUCCUGGCUUCAGCUUUAAGUCAGACCACUACAGAACAGAAGUUCAGCGUGCCUUCACUUUUGCACCAAGGUUCUCAGUGAAAGUGGAACAAACUGAUUUGUUUAUCUGUAGAGCCUGGAGUAGGCUUUGUUGAUUUGUAGAUCACACAUUAAAUGAAAUCUCAAUAAAAAAA